CUCUUCGCCUACCGGCUCCGCAUAAAGAACGAGCGCGACGACACGGUGCAGCUCCGGUCGCGCCACUGGGUCAUCGCCGACGAGGACGGCGCCGAGGACGAGGUCGUGCCCAAGGGCUCCCACGGCGUCGUCGGGCAGACGCCGACGCUCGCGCCGGGCGCGGAGUUCCAGUACGCGUCCGGCACGGAGCUCCGGGGGCCGAAGGGCGCGAUCCGCGGGUCCUUCGAGUUCGUCUCCGUGGGCGACGGCUCCACCUUCGAGGCCGAGGUGCGGCCCUUCGCCCUCGUCGCGCCG